CGAAGGCUAUUCGGAUCCGCCGCCCCCUGUUAAUUCAUCACAGGGGUGCCCGGCGUGCCGUCCGUAGCCAUUGUCUUGGCUCGGGCUAUCUUUCAGUGAGCCUCCGAGAGAGUGCGGCGUCAAGACCACCAGUCCCCCAGACUUCCGCUGGCCCGUCAUGCCAGCAAGCGUUCAGGCCCGUGCCACCGUGCAGACCGCCGCCAUGGUUGCUCACCGCCGACGUGUGCGCGGUUGCCGUGCCCCGCGUGCGGUUCCAUUGCUGCUGGCGGUGGCGAGCGCAGCUGUGGCGGCGGUGCAGCGCGGCGGGCCUGCUGCCUUUUGCGGCCUGGGCGCGGCAGGGGCCGGCCGCUGGCGGGUGUCAGAGAGCAGCGGUGGCGGGAGCCCGGUGGCCCGCAGGCAGCGACAGCAGGCGGAGCUGCUGCGCAAGAGGUGCGCGGAGAAGGGCUUGCUGCAGAGCGGCAGCGAGAGCGACAUGAUGUUGCGGCUCCAGGUGUGCCCUGGAUCCGUGCGGCGGGCGGCACCGCUGCGGCCACCCGCGAGGCAGCCCCCGGCGCCCGCCGCACCCGCGGCGAGCCCGCCCCCGGCCGCCCCGCGCGCGGAGGGCACGCGCCAGAUGAAGGACGGCGGUGUUGGCUCGGUGUCCAUGCCAACCCGGGGGUCGUUUGCGCCGCAGGCGCGCACGACUGCGGGCACCGCGAAGUAUGCGCCGCCGUCUUCUCAUGUCGCCCAGGGGGUGACACCCGACUUCUUCAAGCUUCCCGAGGGCUCUCUGCCGCGGCGCAUCUGGCAGUGCGAGAGCUCCUGGGCGGGGAACCACUACGAGGCCCGGGGAUGGCGCAGCAGCAAGGGGUUCACUUACGUGGCCAACGUCUUGGACGGCAUCACAUACCUUGCCACGUCCAUGGACGAAAGCAUCGACGCCCCUCCGAGGUCCGACUGCAGGGAGGUGUUCGAGCAGGACAUGUCUGCGAGCCAGUACGCCGAGCUGGUCGCCACCCUGCUGCAGGUGGAGGAGGACGAGUCCAAGGCACAGCGCUGGCGGCGUGAGCCCAGCAUGGUCAUGCCUCACGGGGGCUACAGCUUCAGUCUCUUCCCGAGGUUCCGCUAUCGCGGCCUGACGACCGAGCCGCUGGGCGGUGCUGAAGGCGUGCCCGAGCCGCACGUGGCGGUCACGGUCGUGCACGAGGCGGUGCCUCCAGCGGAGUUCAACCUGGGCGGCCUGCCCGCCACCAGGGAGAUGUGCGACAAGCUCGUGGGCCUGAAAGUCUUCCCCGCCCCCACAGAGAAGGGCGAGACGGGGGAGAGGUGGGAGAUAUGCGAGGUGGAGGAAGGGGACAAGAUCGCGCUGGACGAGGACCUCCGGCAGCAGUUCUUGGGCUACAAGCUCACCGAGAAGAGCCGGGAGUCUUGGCAGCGCGCUCCCCCUGGCAUGCUCGUCCUUCCCGUGUCCAGGAACUGCCGCGACGAGGAAGAGUUUCGCCUGACCUACCUCGCUUCGGACCUGCGGCCCGGGGUGUCCGAGCGCAACCAGGAGAGGCUGAAGGGGCUGCCGGGCUGGGAGCGGUGGGAGCCCUUUGCCAUCAACAGCCCUGAGGUGAGGAAGAUAUCCUCGCCCCAUGAGCGGCGCCAGCGCAUCCUGGAGCAGCUCGAGAGCAUGCGGGCCCAGUUCGGGUGGCUUCAGCCGUUCGGGCAGGUGUCCCAGGCGAACCCUGGCAACGUGCUCUUCGGGAAGCUCGAGGUCCCCGCCGGCGUCUUCGGCGGGGGUCAGAAAGUCAGCCCCCCGUCGGGAACAAAGAUCAUCACGACGCUCGGGAGGAGUGGCCCGUUCCGCCUGGUGGAUGGCCCGUCUGGGCCGCCGCGGCUGCGCGGCAUCCUGAUCGGCAGCCCGAACCCGAAGGAGCGCCAGCGGGCCAAGGAGAUCCUGGCCCAGGCACGCAAAGCGCUCUUGGACAUGAAGCUGAAGACGGAGGUAAAAGUUGGCGACGACGACGUCGUGGAGUGCAGCGAUCUCGGCUCCCUCUCCGGAGCCCUGGGCAUGGCAGGCGUGGGGCAGAACGACGCUGUGAUACUGUUCGGGUCGGGCUCGCUGGCAGCCAGGGAGUCCGCGGUGCGCGAGCGCAUGAAGCAGGAGUGCCUGGCCUGGGGGCCCGACGACUCCCGCCACCUGGCCAGCCAGUGGGUGUCCCUCCCCAACUACGCCGCCUGGGGGAACGACAACAAGGCCAGGUACUCCCUGAUGAACGUCUGCAUGGGGCUGCUCGCCAAGCUCGGCCACGCGCCCUUCGGCAUCGACAUCUCGGGCUGGCGCUCGGGGCAGGGCGGGCAGCGGGGCGUGGUCGUCGCGGGCUACGACGUCUGCCACCUGGCCCACAAGGCCGUCCACGUCGCCGUCGGGCAGCGCGUCGAGACCGAGGACGCACGCAAGUCCGUGGCGAGCAGGAUCGUUGCCAACGUCAAGCGCAUCGACGGAGAGACUGUGGACGCGGAGAUGCUGCGGAAGAUUGUGCCGCUGGAGGCCGCGAGCGGCAAGGUGGUCUUCGUCCACAGGGAUGGUCGCCUGCCCACCGACGAGGUGGCGAGCUGGCAGAAGUACUACGAGGAAGAGCUGAAGGCCACGGGGACCACUCUGCUGCUGAUCGAGAUCGUGAAGCUCGUGGGCGGAGUGCCGCGGAUGUACAAAAGCAGCUCCACGGGCGUUGGCAAUGUUGACGAGGGGACCUUCGUGCAGUGGUCGGACAGCAACGCCUACAUUGCCACGACGUCGGGAAGCCAAGGGGGGUCCGGAACAGUGAACCCGCUCAACAUCCACCUGCGAAUGACUCUGGGCGAGGCGCCAGGCAUCGCUCGCAACGCGUGGAUCCGCAGCAUCUUCGAUCUCAGCUACCUGCAUCACGGCUCCGUCUUCAAGGCGCCGAAGCUGCCCAUGACGACGUACUUCUCCGACCGGCUGGCGUACAUGGUGGCGAAAGGUGACAUCACGUGGGACGAGAAGGUCGAGCGGAGGAUGAGCAGCUCGCAGCAGCCCUGGCUCUGAGCGCCCCGCCUCGCCCAGGGGCGUCCCCUCGCCGCCCCCCCGCGCGGGGCGGGGCGCGGACGGGGCUCAGCGCCCCCUCCCGCGCCCCUCUGGCCCGAAGCCCUCCUCCUCCUCCUCCUCCUCC